UGUUAACAGACUCACAGACCCGCCUAUGGGACUGCAGCCACAGGACGCAGAGAGAGGCAAGUUCCCCAAGCUUCAGCAUCCCACCACAGAUUGGCACCGUCUUCUUCUCUCCUAAAUGAACUUCUGCUGAGGGGCCUCAUUUUGACAACGUCUCCUACAGUGAUCAAAGUUUUGGAAUUUAAAAGAAAAGCUACUUUUCAGGCUCUCAAAAAUGAUUCCCUCUAUUUCACUGGUGGUACUAUUGACUGUGUGGGCUUCCGAUGCGAAACAAAUUCCACAGACAAACAGUGCAUCUCUUGAAAAGGAUAUGUUAAAUCUCAACAUUCAAGUCAUUCAAAGCCAUGGUUAUGGUGAUGAGGAUGGAAAACGACUGGAAUGGGACAAGCAGCACAAGAGAGUACCACGGGGUGCAGAGGACGAGGACACAGACGCAGGUGAACCUCAGUCUACCUUCUCACGGUCUUAUGAGAACGAGUUCACCACACCCAGAGCUACCCAGUUCUCUAGCUCAACCCUGGACACUGAGGCCAACACAGACUCAACCCUGGACACUGAGGCCAACACAGACUCAACCCUGGACACUGGGGCUAACACAUACUCAACCCUGGACACUGGGGCCAACACAGACUCAACCCUGGACACUGGGGCCAACACAGACUCAACCCUGGACACUGGGGCCACUGGGGCCACCACAGACGGGGACCAGGGCAACAGCAGCACCACAGAGAAGGGGAUCACCAACAUCCACAACCCUCUGUACCCGGUGACUGACAGCUCCUACACUGCCUACGCUGUCAUGUUCCUGUCCCUGGUGGUGUUCUCUGUGGGGAUUAUAGGGAACCUGGCUGUGAUGUGCAUCGUCUGGCACAACUACUACAUGAGGAGUACCUGGAACUACAUCCUGGCCAGCUUGGCUUUCUGGGACUUCCUGGUGCUCUGCUUCUGUUUACCUGUGGUGGUCUUCAAUGAGCUCACCAAUAAGAGGCUGCUGGGGGACAUCUCAUGCAGAGUGGUGCCAUAUAUGGAGGUGACCUCCCUAGGGGUGACAUCCUUCAGCCUGUGUGCCCUGGGUAUUGACCGCUUCAAUGCUACCACCUGCUCCCAGCCCAGAAUUCGGCGGGUGGAGCGCUGCCAGUCUAUCCUGGCCAAGCUGCUGGUCAUAUGGGUGGGCUCCAUGGUGCUGGCGACCCCAGAGCUGCUGUUGUGGCAGCUCAGCCAGGCCGUGUCUCCAGCCACGGGGGCCGUGGUGGACUCCUGCACCAUGAACCCUACCUCCAACCUCCCCGAGUCCAUGUACACCCUUGUCAUUAACUACCAUGAGUGCCGCAUGUGGUGGUACUUUGGCUGCUACUUCUGCCUGCCUGUGGUCUUCACCCUGUUGUGCCAGCUGGCCACCUGCCACGUGUCCAAUGAUGGUAUCCCCCAGCGCCUGGAGGAGCACUCCCCCUCCAAGAAGCAGAAGACACAACACAGCCAACAGGUGGAGCGCCAGCUCAACUACACCGUGAUGGCCCUGGCCGUGGUCUACGGCAUCUGCGCCCUGCCGGAGAACGUGUGCAACAUCGUCCUGGCCUACACUGCCAUGCCCAUCUCUGACAACACUGCCACCCUGCUGGCUCUCAUCAACCAGUUCUCCCUGUUCUUCAAGUCGUCGGUGACGCCUGUGCUGCUGCUGUGCCUCUGUAAGUCCCUGGGUCAGGCUUUCAUGGACUGCUGCUGCUGCUGCUGCUGUGAGGAGUGCCAACCCAGUGGCUCCCAUUCCUCUGGCACCGAGGCCAAACUCAAGAGCACCAACGAGAUGUCCUCCUCCAUCUUCUUUGACAAAGCCAAGGACAGCUCCACCAUCCUGUCGAUCAGCGGGUCCAGCUGAGCUGGCCUCUCCUGCCAACCUUUCUUUCCCUCAGAUCACCUGACCUGGUUAGACGUGGUAACGAAGCAACUCACCUUUCAGCAGUGGACAUUCAAACCUCAACCUCACCCCCCUUUCCUCCUACCACACAGGGAUCAGAUGCUGAAUCUCUCCAUGGACACACCUUUGUUUUCAGUAUUGUUAGUCAGAAGAUAGGGACCAUUGCCAGCGUCACCUUCUCUACCCUUAAUGUCUGUAAUGUCUCUCCUUCUGAUGUUCUCUCCAAAUAGAAACCACAACCCAUCCAGUUUUAAGGUGGUUCAUUUUACAGGAAGUUCAGACUAAAUGCAGACUAGAGAGAAGAAGGAGAGAGCUCCAUUUAAUAUCCUUGUAGAAGUGUCACCCCAAUCAUUUGUAUUCAAAAAUAAACUGAGUCUUAUGUUAGAUUAUUAUGCUAGGUUUGACUAACAACCCCAGAGUAUCCAGCACUGAGAUCAUUCUUUUGUUGAUGUCGCAGCCUAUUAACAUAUCUGUUAAACGAUGUGUGUUGGCUCUUUAGCCUACACAGACAAGUGUGCCUUUCUUUAUGCCCCCCAAUUAGUGAUGCAGCUACUUCAUCUUUAGCCAUCCCCGUGUCAUUGUAUCAAUUAUUGUUUUGAGUUAUAUUAAUAAUCAAGAGGUUUAGACAUGGUAAUUUCCAUCAAAUCAAAGUUCUGUGAAUAAUGCAACAUUAUUUUACUAGAUAACCAUGAGAAGUCACUGUACAGAAGUCAAGGUUAUAAACCGGUUAGAAGGAGGUUAGGAGGGAAGUCAGACAGAAUUUUGUGAUUAAGAGAAAAAAAGUUCUGAGACCUAAAUCCACCAGCUGUAGUUGUCUUUAAUUUAUCCAAUAAAGGUUUGUAAUUUA